UUCUGGAUCAACAACUACCACCGCAUUUUAUACGAUAAACGGUCAGCUGCAAUGUUGGAGGGAUUUAACUUCUGUUGAGGACUGCGGAACAUGCCUAAGGCAAGCAAUUCGUAAGCUGUUGGAUGUGACGUUUACGGACGAAGGAACUUUUCAGGGAGGAGUGAGCCUGAUGGGAAGUUGCUUUGCUCGUUACGAAACGUACUCAUUCUUUCAUCCCGCCCCUCCACCGCCACCGUCUCCCAUCAAAGUGCUUUCUCCACCACCGUCAUCACUUCCAACAGCGACAAAGUCUUCAAACAAAGUAGGUAUAGUUUUGGGUAUUGUUGCCGGCUCAUUGGUGAUGUUACUGUUAUGCCUAUUUGCAAUCCGAAGGAAAUUCAAGUUUGCUUUUUUCUGGAAGCACGCCGUCUUAAGGAAAGAGAAUCUAGAUAGUGAGGUAGACUCAGAAAUCGGCCACAAGCAGGAGAUAAACUUUAAUUUGGAAAAUAUCAAGGCUGCAACUAGCGAUUUCCAUGAAGAUAACAAGCUUGGAGAAGGAGGCUUCGGCUCUGUAUACAAGGGCACUAUGCCAAAUGGAUUACAAAUAGCGGUAAAGAGGCUUUCCGUGCAAUCAUCGCAAGGGAAAAAGCAGUUUCUAAAUGAGAUUAAGUUGGUCGCCAAAAUUCAACAUCGUAAUCUUGUGAAUCUGCUUCGAUGUUGUGCUGAGGGAUCAGAACGCUUGCUUGUUUAUGAAUUCUUGCCUAACAAGAGCCUUGACAAAAUUCUAUUUCAUCCAGAGCGGAGCCAAGAACUUGACUGGCCAAAGCGUUUGAACAUCAUACUUGGAGUAGCCCGUGGACUUCUAUAUUUACACCAAGAUUCUCAGUUGCAGAUUAUUCAUCGGGAUAUCAAAGCGAGCAAUAUUUUGCUUGAUGAGAAAAUGCAGCCAAAAAUAUCAGAUUUUGGUUUAGCUAGGUUAUUUCAGCUAGACGAGACUCAUGUCAAUACAAUGGUUGCAGGGACACUUGGUUAUAUGGCACCGGAGUAUGCUGUAGGUGGUCAACUAUCUGUUAAAGCGGAUGUUUACAGUUUCGGUGUUCUUAUUUUAGAAAUUAUGUGUGGAAGAAAGAACUCUGAUAGUAGAUUGCCUCUUGAAUAUCAAAGCCUUUUGGAAUGGGUAUGGAGAUUGUACAGGGAUGGAAAUAUCAUUGAUAUUAUUGACAAAGCUAUACUAAAAUAUUUUCCUAAUGAACAAGUUUCAAGAUGCAUUCAUGUGGGACUUUUAUGUACACAAGGAAAUCCAUCACUUCGCCCACCAAUGAUCAAUGUAUAUACAGUGCUUUUGGAUAAUUCUGUGACCAACUUGCCAAAUCCCGCAAAGCCCGCUUAUCUCAGCAUUACACAAGAUAAUGUUCCACGACGUGCAUCAACAUCAACAUCUACAAGCGCAACUUCAUCUGCUUCGUCUACCACGCCAUUGGCUUACCCAUCUAUCAAUGAUACAUCAAUAACAGAUUUGGGUCCUAGAUAAUCUUGUUUACUUUCUAAAUCUAGUUUUAUAAGAGAACUUGCAUAUCAAACUAUAUAUGACAAAUUCUUAUGAUAGUAAACUGUAAUAGCGUUAUUUUUAUGGUGUAAAUUA